UUUGAUAGUAAGAUUCAUAGGUUUUGAAUAGUUUGAAAUAAAUGUCUAAUACAAUACCCCCACCACCGGACAUAUUUGUGAUCGGAAGGGCCGGUAAAAUGGGUGAUCCCAAUGAAAGAUAUAGACUAAUGCAUAAGUUAGGCAAAACACAAGUGGUGGCCACCAGAGGAGGCAAACGGAUUAAAAGCAUUGAAAAAAACAACAACAAUAUGACAUCAUUUCUCAAGAGUGAACAUAAAGACUUGGAUGAAGUCUAUAAAUCGGAUUUAGACGAUGAAUACAUAACCUAUGAUUUGCAAUAUUUUUUAACAUUUUGUUCGCUUCUCUAUCUGAUCCGUGCCAUACAUUUGACAUCAGUUAUCUAUGAAACAGUUUACGUCAAUCACAAGACAACAUUCACUGGAUUUGGUUUGAUAUUGUUUUUGGCGCAAAUAAUGUUCAUUUUGGUGAUGUUGUCCGUAUCGGUCACUGGUUUCAUAUUUUGUUGGCUACAGUGCCUAUCGUAUGCCUUUCUGUUCCUUAUAUCAGUAUUUUUGUCCACACUUUUGCUUGACUUUCGACUAAUCACACAAAUUGUUGAACUAUACAAAAAUUUUAAGUUUAGUGACUAUGGCUACAGUUAUGAUAGGACGUGGGCCUCAAUAUUUGAUGUCAUGUUUCUAGUGAUUAAUCUGAUCAUUGGUUUUACAGUUGGUUUGCUAUACAAAGAGAUUAGUCAAAGCAAACGGAUAUUUGAAUUUGAACCCAAUUUCAUAACAAUCAAUGGAUUAUCAUUAGUAUCAUCGGCCAUAUGUGCAGACAUUGAAGACAACUAUGAAAACAAACUGUUCACUAAUCCAUCUAAAGUGGACUCCGAUGUCUAUUCAGUGGACAAUUCAUUAGGUCAGGUGAAAGAACUAUUGGAGAAAUUGGAUGCAAAACAGUUCAUCGAUUUAAAUGAAUUGGUCAACAAAAUACAGACCGAUCUGAGGAAAGCCAAACACCAGUUUGAUUUGGACAAUGAUUUUGAUAAAUUGGGACAAAAAGUACAGGACUUGAAACACGAACUCAAUCUGUUUGCACCUAAACUGAGGUCUGAUUUGGAAAAGUUUUCGAGAAAACACUAA